AUGAAAGCACGAUCAGCAGCCAACGAUCAAAAUUCCUUUCCGAGCGUGCUGCACCAAUCGGCUGUUCAAAUACAAUCCACAUGGAGAGGUCAUCAUACUCGGAAGACAAUUACUGAUUGGGCCAUGAAGGAGUUUGAGAGUAUUGUCAGAGAAGUUGAGGGUAAACAUUCGGAAAUUGUAUGGAAAUCAUCAUCAAGUCAUGGACUGAAAAUACCUCAAGUGCAAAAUACAAAAUUAAGUGAGGAUGAAAGUGAUUUGGAGAAAAUGUUAACGAGUUUGAUGAGUAGUAAGAAAGACAAUGCAACUGUUCCAGCAGAGAACAAGCACGGAUCAACACACAUCAAGCAACAAACAACAAGUGACAAUACAACCAACAUUGCAGAGACGAAACAUCUGCCCACGAACAUGUCAAGUUCAACUAAUACCAGCAGUCCUGAAAUUGUCAUUGAAGCAACAGUACAACCAUCAAGCGCCAAUAUUGCCGAGUCGAAACAGCAGCAAACAAACUUGACAACCUCAACACAAUCCACCCAAUCCUCAAAUACACAAACUGAAAGUCCUCAUUUGACAACAUCGUCUUCCAAUACUUCAUACCUUGUGGAGGAAGCAACAUCAAAAACAUCACCUCUUGCUACUAAAGAACAAGAAAUUCAAACAGAUUCAUUGUUGAGGUCAUCGUUUAAUAAUAUUUCUCUCCAACCUACAAAAAUUGAAACUAAUUCCGUCUCAACAAACACGAGUAUUGAUGUCAAAUCUUUGAAACAAUCAUUUUCCAAGAGCCAUGAAAAUCCGUUUUCUCGUCAAGAGGUUAACAAGAGUGUUGAACAUGGAGUAAAUGCCAGCUCAUUCCAUCAAGAUGGAGAUCAAGAAGAGUUUGACAGCUCAAUAAUGUGUGGGCUAGAUAUGCUUAAGAGCUUUGAUUUUUCUGAAGUCAACAAUCUUAACAAUCCCACAAUGUCACAGAGUGCGUCGUUCGAUGGCUGGCCCUCAGAACACGCAAAAGAAACACCACAACAACAGAAUUUAUCCUUGUCCAGUCAAUCAACACAACCACCAAUUGGGGUUCAUGACAGCCUCAACAACAAUUCUUUCAAUAACUGUGCUUCCAGCCCGUCUUCUGUAAAAAGUUCCAAGCAAACCACUAAAUCUGUUAACAGCAAAAGCAUUUUAAACCAUGAUGAGAUUGAGAAGGAAAUAUCAAUACUGAAGCUCGAACUGGCAAGAGCAGAAGACGCUUAUUUGAAACGAAAAAAGGAGUUAAUUGAAUCAUAUUCACAAGGACGGGUCAGAUAA